AUGUCAGAUCACGGCACAAAACAGUUCCUAUUCUACAUCGAUUCUCAGUCCCCUGAUAUUACAUUCAACGACGGCCUCAAACCUAACCGCGGCCGUCAUCUCCUAGACGACUUUGAGACAGGUAUAGGCGAGGUGGCUGACAUUGCCGAGAAAGUGUCACAAGACGAGUUUGCAAAGCUCGUCAAAAAAUUCAAGCUAACUCGAGUCGUUGAGAGGUGGUUAAUGUCCAUUCCAGACGCGCGAAAACGAUUGCUCAACUACAAGCCUCUCGGCCCCAAGUCGCCAAAGCUACGUGCUGGAUCUGGUGGUACAGCAGGAUCUCUAGCCAUCGGAGCCAUCGGAGCCAUUGGAGCUGCCGCGUGGGUUGGCGGAGUAGUUGCAGCCUUUGUCCGUGACGCGAGUGCCUUGGACCGGGCAGCCGCCGUAACAUCUAUCAUCCCUCUUGCAGGCUGUAUCACCGGGUUGGCAGCCGAAGAAAACAGAGGCGAGAUUUCCGCCUCUUCUGGAGUUGACUCGACCAUGUGCUUCCUCGGAGAUGCCUUGAUUCUGGGUGGCCUCGCCCCUAUUGGUGUUGUGGUUCACUUGGCUAGACUUCUAGUGCAGACCUUUACGCCUCCUCCGAAACCGCCAACCAAGGAGGAGAUGCAAAGCCUUCGUGAUACGCAGUGGCAAGGUUUCACGAAGAAUAGCUUGUAUACCUACAUCUACUCGCACGCCUACCUGUACCCAAGUGGGAGCUUCGCUAAUAAGCUAGAAAAUGCCCUUGCUAUUGAGGCCAUGAUGGUUAUAUCGGAGGGUGCUCAAUCAAUAGGGGCCCUCAAUGCGAGUAGUCGGGUGCCGGACUCGAAUUCGGAUCAAGAACUACUCCAAGGCAACUCCCAAGAGGCUGCUGAAAAGAUUCGAGAGGCGAUAUCGGUUGAAAUCACGGGCAGGCAGCAGAGGUUUUUACUUGGUCUCCCGGCCGUCCUUCGGAGCAACUCGACCGCCUUGCUGAAGACGACUGCUGAGCAGUUUAAUGACAAUUUUGUCAAAAAGGUUACUUCUAGAGAGACAGUUGACAGGUAUAGAAGUUUCCAAGAAAAUCCUUCACCAGGUGGAAGAUUACCAGGAAGAUCGAGGCAACAGUUUCUCGUCAAGCUGAUGGAUGGCAUUGGAAAACAUCUGCGGGAGACACCCCUACCAAUGCCAGACCUUAUUGAGGUUGCCUUUAUCCUAGGGCAGUCCAAGGGGUUAACAAACAUUGACCCCUUGGUAUUGUCUCCGCGAGAAUACAUGAAGCAGCUAGCGAAUACAGCAUCGGAGGAGGAUAUUAACCGAGUCACUAUUCAACAUGCCUUUGGCGUCUUGCACCUGAUUCAAGGUAAAAUUAAGCAACAUGAGCUUCCUACUAUAUUUCCCGUUCAAGACAGUCAAAGUCGCCAAGGGCUUCAAGUUCUUCUCGCUAUGCAGAUAGGAAAAGCCUAUGAAGAAGCAAAGAUCAAGAGGGCUGAUAAAUUCAAGGGAGAGUAUCUUCCCGACUCGGAUCGCAAGGUUCUUAUACAUCCGUUGACGAUUCCUCUCGAAGAACAUCCUGAUGCGCCUCUUCUUAUUGGACUUGUUCUUGGGAUUUCCAAGGACCUUGUUGAGGCUAGCCUUGCGGAAUCUAGCAGUUAG